AUGGAAUUCUCUAGAGACGCCGGAAUGAUGAUGGAGAAUAAGCGGAAUGUUUGCUCUCUCGAAGAAAGCGGCAUCAAACGCCAUAAGUCCAAUCUCUCUUUCAAUUCCAAGGAGAGGAAGGACAAACUUGGAGAACGUAUUUCAGCUCUUCAACAGAUAGUUUCCCCUUAUGGAAAGACCGACACUGCUUCGGUUCUUCUAGACGCGAUGAAUUACAUAGAGUUUCUUCAUGAACAAGUGCAGGUGCUAAGCGCUCCGUAUCUGCAAACAAUACCUGAUGCUACACAGGAGGAGCUGGAGCAGUACUGCCUGAUAAACAGAGGAUUAUGUCUUGUUCCAUUGGAGUCUACGGUAGGAGUUGCUCAAAGCAACGGGGCUGAUAUCUGGGCGCCCGUAAAGACCCCUCCAUCUCCGGCUUUCAAUGUCAACUCUCAGUCACCCUUUAGAUGA